GGAAAGCUUGGACAGAGACAAGAAGAGACUGAGAAGCUGAGAAGAGUGGCCAAACAGGAUACUACUGAAUUCCAUUCAACGUGGAAAAUAUGGAGCUGCCAACUCGACCACCGCUGUUUGACUUCCAUGGAGUCUCCAUGAUCCACUACUUCACUGACAACUGGGAGAACAUACAAAACUUCCAGGCCAGACCAGAUGAUAUCCUCAUCGCCACUUACCCCAAAGCAGGUACCACAUGGGUCUCCUACAUUCUAGACCUGCUGUAUUUUGGUCAGACAGCCCCUGAGCGUCAGACUUCACUUCCUAUCUAUGAGAGAGUGCCUUUCCUGGAGAGUGACUUCCAUAUUCUCCCUCCAGGAACGGAGCUGGCAGACAAGUUAUCCACCUCUCCUCGCCUCAUCAAGACUCACCUCCCAGUCCAGUUGGUGCCCAAGUCCUUCUGGGAGCAGAACUGCAGGGUAGUGUAUGUGGCCCGUAAUGCCAAGGACAAUGCAGUGUCUUAUUUCCACUUUGACCGCAUGAACCAGGCCCAUCCAGAGCCAGGAGACUGGAACAACUUCUUACAGAGAUUCAUGGAUGGAAAGAUGGUGUUUGGUCCCUGGUACGACCAUGUGAAUGGCUGGUGGGAGAGGAAACAGACUCACUCUAAACUCCACUACCUUUUCUAUGAGGAUAUGGUUGAGGAUACGGGACGAGAGCUAGACAGGCUGUGCUCCUUCCUAGGUUUGUCUACUUCAGCAGAGGAGAAGGAGAGGGUGAGAGGAGGAGUGCAGUUUGACAACAUGAAGAAGAACAACAUGGCCAACUACUCCACCAUCCCAGUCAUGGAUUUCAAGAUCUCUCCAUUCAUGCGAAAAGGAAAGGUUGGUGACUGGAAGAACCAUUUCACUGUGGCCCAGAGUGAACAGUUUGAUGAAGACUAUAAGACGAAGAUGAAAAACACCACUGUACAGUUCCGCACUGUAGUUUAGGGGUUGUGGUCAGGUUGACUGUGGUGCAUAUGCAUCUCAGCUCUUCUGGAAUCAUGGUGCUGAAAUGUACAAUAUGCUGAUACUAUCCCUACUGUAUGAAUAAGAGAGCUAAUGAUGUGUCUUAUGUAUAGUUGACCAAAUAUUAUUGAUAUAAACAUUACUUUGAGACAAAUAAGGCAAACGAUAGACAUGCACAAUGUCAACACACACACACACACACACACAGUAUAUCCUCAUGUAACUGUACAAUUAUAGCUUAUAAUUGGGCUGAGAACAAGUUAUUACAUUAGAUAAACUCUUGUUAUGAGAAUUGUGUGAUCCUUCCUUAUCCCAUAGGAAGUCCCACCCAUUUGACUACUUCAAAAUGGUGGAAGUCCUCAAGGGCGCUUCCCAUGCUAAAACGGCUUUUGGACGCUAAAGUCCUCUAUCUAUCUCUAUGGGUACAGUGGGGGAAAAAA